CGACUCCUUUUCAAGAGGCUCACAAAUCCAUGCUGAGACAAAGACAGUUAGCUGCAGCAAAGCCUUGACCAAGAGGAAGAAAAGAAGAAGAUGUGGAUAUCAUUUUAAGAGAUACUUCAUUUCCUGGGAGACUAUUUCUGGCACUUUAACUGUCCCUGAUGUAAGGUUACUGACCCCAACAAAGAAGAAGAAAAAAAAAAUUAAAAAUAUAGCCGUUUUCUACGUCAGCUCUUCCUGUCAACCAAAACCACUGGCGCCCGCUUUUAGCAGAAGAGAGAGAAACAUUUGGACGAAUUAAAACAAACUUCGUGAAACUUUAAUUUGGGCUUCUUCGCUCGGUGUGCGCCCUGGUCGUCCUGCGAGCGGUCACUGCGCACAAGAGAGGGGCACCAGUGACGUCAGCACACGUUUGCACGAGCGCUCGCUCGGGACCCUGCAGACCUGCUGCAGCUCAACGCACUGUCAGCUAUAUAAACAUAACGCACGACCACACUGAGAAGAACAGUCUGUCAGCACCCGCAGUAUCACUGAGCCAGCAGACGCAUACAGUAUCCACCAGCCUCCACCCUCACACAUACAUCAGUGGCGACACACACGUAUGUUAAGUUCCCUUUACGGACAUGAAAGCCUAGUCACGAUCCUAGUUCCUCUUUGGCAGAGAAAAUAAAGAGGAACUUGGAGCGUUUGACCUAUCAGUCUGAGCUAACCAAAGAUUACAGGACAGGAGGACACCCUGUUAGACAGAGUGAAAGGAAAGCCAGAGCAGGUUAAUAGGUCACUGAAGUUGGGAGGAUCAGAGUACCACAGCAAAACAGACAGCAAGGAAGGCAGAAGAUGGAUGGAGGUACGGCUCAGAGCUGCUGGCUCUUGCUCACACUCUUUUUGAAAGGUAUUCUUGCUGGUGAUUGGUCAGUUCAUCUACCCUCUGGUCCCAUCUGUACUGUGACUGGUUCUUCCGUAGUUAUCCCGUGUUCCUAUGACUACCCGCAGGAAGAGAGUCGGCUCUCUGCUCAGGAUGGGGGAGGUGACAGAGGACGAGAGUACAAGGUCUUGUCUGAGAUGUGGUGUCUUGAAGACAGUCGGUGUAUUACUCCAAGAUACGUGUACCACAGUGAUCAUAUCUUCCCAGAUCCAUCCUACAAGAACAGAGUGCAGUACCUGGGACAACCAGGAAGCAAGAACUGUUCUCUGAGGAUUACUGAUCUGACACAGUCAGACAGUGGGACCUACGUGUUUUACCUCAUCACCAACCACUCCACGGAGAAGAUGCCAGAGCAGGCCGGCGUGCAGCUCCUGGUGGCAGACUCCUCCAGUGCAGUCACAGCAUUGGUGAGUCCACCCAGGGACAUCACUGAGGGUACAACCUUACGUCUGGCCUGCUGCAGCCCUGUGCAGCCACAGGCCCGUUUCAGUUGGUACAAGAACGCAAGUAUCAGCGUAAAACACACUGGACAGGUGUGGAAUAUUACUGAAGUUACAUCAGAUGUCUCUGGAAGCUAUUACUGCCAGAUACAAACUGGAGAUAAAGUGCAGACCUCGACCAUGCUGCCGGUCAGUGUGCAAUACCCUCCUCGAAACACAGCUGUCUCAGUCUCACCUGCUGGACAGUUAGAUUACGAGCUCCCCAUGACUCUGACCUGCAGCAGUGAUGCUAACCCACCGGUGCAGACAUACAUCUGGUACCAGGGUGCAGCAUGUCCCAGUGCAGCAGACAAAGGAAGACAAACCAAAGCUACGCCCACAGGAAACAGUCAGACAUCCAGCAGUGCCAACAUCACCACUGAGGAAUAUGGGCAGCACUGCUGUGUGGCACGCAACAGACACGGAUCUCAGACUUCCAGUAUAACACUCAGGGAUUCCAGAGCUGUGAUCCCACCUCUCUCUGCAAAAAGCAAAGCGGUGCUUGCUGGAGUUAUCAUUGGAAUCCUUCUCGCUGUUAUAGCCAUCGCUGCCUGUUUCAUAAGGAGACGGAAGUCAGCCAGACGUCAGUCAUACGUGCUCACUGAAACUGCAGCUAAACCUUAAGGAAUCAGUGACAUCAGGACUCAUUCCUCGUGGACUCCAAAAAAAAAGAUCUUUUUACAUUUCACACACACAAUGCUAAUGUUUUCUUCAGAAUCCUCAGUCACUUCUGCAUGCUUACUUACACCACUUGUUCCAAAUUAAACCCACAUCACUCAAGCUUUUAAAUUAGUAUUACAAUAUAACUGAAAUCAAAGGUGCUAGGACCGAUGAUGGUGGCACCAGUUCCCGGCAGUUGUGAGAGUGUGUAGGCCAUGCGAUAAACAUCAGUGUUCAUUCAGUUAAGCAGAAUGUGACAGAUUUCAAAGCACUGAGCUGAGUUCUUGUUACGAGAGCAACGGUUUCAUUUUCAAAAAGAACUGAACAAACGGAGCACCGUCAGAAUGGAUUUCAUUCGCUUGUUUUGUGGCUGUUCCAUUAGUUUAAAUGCAUUUCCUCUUUGCAAAAAGCCAAAUACUGCACUCAAGAAUGCAGUAAUACGAAGUAAGAAGAUAGAAAAAACUGUUGCCCUUCCUGUUACCUCAACUUUAUUUAUUACUAUUUUUUAUUUUAUUUUAAUUUUAUUAUUUGCUUUAGUUUGUUGGUGUGUUGCUUUAACAGAUGCAAGUUUUUCUCCAUGGUUCCUUACAUAUGACAACUUCAGAGGAGCGCUGAUAGUGAUACUUCCUGACACAGGAUUGUGACCGCAUAGUACACAGUACACUAAGUACGGUACAAGCAAUGACCAGAAAGAGAAACCACUGAAUACAUUAUUACUGAAAGCCUGCUAGUGAUGAUGACAGCAUGAUGACCCAAUUAAGUGCUGCUGGCAGGUCCGACUGGAUCCUGUUUAUGUGGCUUUGAGUAAACCCGUCAGUGCGAUAAGGCUCUAACAGAUACUGAGCAGAGCAUGAGGAGAAGUCGGGGAGGAUAAAAACCAAGAGGACAGUGACUCUGAUGCCAUUCAUCUACAAAAUGGACUUGGAUAUCAACUCUUCAUGUCAUUGGUCUAUUUUUAGAAUUUUGCUUUUGUUUGAUUUGCAAUAUUAAAGUGAGCUCAGACGUGUAAAGUCAAGCACAACUCCUCUAUUUUAAAUGCUGGUUAAGUAAACAAU